UUUGGUACUUAUCAUUUGGGAUGUAAGCAGAGAGGAUACAUAAGUGAGAUUUAUCUGCCUCAGUCUGACCCAGUCCCGUCUUGCUCUCCAGUAUGCUGUGUCUGUGGCUCCCCGGAGGCUCCUGCAUGGCAGCUCUCACAGUGACACUGAUGGUGCUGAGCCCUCCCCUGGCUUUGGCCAGGGACACACGACCACGUUUCUUGAAGUAUGCUAAAGGGGAGUGUCACUUCUCCAAUGGGACUGAGCAGGUGCGGUUCCUGGUCAGCUGGAUCUACAACCAGGAGGAGUACAUACGCUUUGACAGCGCCUUCGGCAAGUUCUGCGCCGUGACUCAGCUGGGGCAACCGACAGUCGACUACUGGAACAGCCAGACGGAGUACCUGAAAAAUGUAAAGGCUGCCGUGGACAGGUGCAGAUACAACUAUGAGAUUAUUGAAAAAUUUACUGUGCAGAGGAGAGUUGAGCCCAAGGUGACCGUGUACCCCACAAUGACCCAGUCCCUGCAGCACCGCAACCUCCUGGUCUGCUCUGUGAGUGGCUUCUACCCAGGCCACGUGGAAGUCAGAUGGUUCCGGAACGGGCAGGAGGAGGAGGCUGGGGUGGUGUCCACAGGCCUGAUCCGGAACGGAGACUGGACCUUCCAGACCCUGGUCAUGCUGGAAACUGUUCCUCAGAGCGGAGAGGUUUACGCCUGCCAGGUGGAGCACCCGAGCUGGAGCAGCCCUGUCACGGUGGAGUGGAGGCCACAGCCUGGAUCUGCACAGAGCAAGAUGCUGACCGGCAUCGGGGGCUUUGUGCUGGGCCUGCUCUUCCUUGGGGCAGGGCUCUUCAUCUGCUCCGGGAACCAGAGAGGACAAUCUGGAGUUCAGCCAACAGGACUCCUGAACUAAAGAGAUGGCGACAGCACUGAAGGAAGGACCUGUGUCCCUGCUUCUCCAUGUCUUCUCCACAUGCAGACAGACUUCCUGCUUGGCUCUCCUUCUCCCACUGGGAAAAGCUGUCCUAGUACUCAGGACCAUAUAGCACGCAUCCUCCUGAUGGCUUCCUGAGACCUUAGAACCUAGCUGGAAGUCCAGGCCCAGAUUGCAGUAUCUUCCCUUCAUUCCAUCCUGGCCCGUUUGUCCUCAACAUUCACCUCUUCAGUGCUCCUGCACUCACCUUGUGCAGCAUUGCUUUGUUACUUUUUUCUCAAAUAAACAUAGAGUGGAAAAUCA